GGCGCAUUUGCUUCUUUCAUGGCUUUGGGCUCACCAUGUCCUAUUCCCAAGUGUGACGACUUACCCCCUCCGGAUCCACCUGCUGGGGGCCCCGAUCCGCUUUUCCAGGCCACACUGAACCCCCUCCACCAGGAAACUCCUCUGUUCCCGGUGGCGACGGCACGCCUUGGCUCCCUGGUUCUUCUGAUCCAACUGUUUCCCUUCCACCAGGGAACCCGCCUCUCAGGGGUGGCUGCAGUACGCCUACUUCUCUUCCCGGGGCAGUCUCCGUCCCAUCGGCAGCUAAUCCUUCGAACCUGCCCGAUCUCGCUGCAAUCGCAGCUGGCCUGGAUCCCAGCUCAAGUGUCCUCGCAAACUGGCGUCGCAAACGGGUCUCAUGCAUCGACACCUCCGCCCCAGGUUCUCCGGGAAACGGAACGACCGCAUGCGCAUGCUCUGUGGUUUUCGCAAAUAACAGCUCUACACUCGCCGAUACCCAACGUCAAAACAAUACACUCGAGUUCGGGGGAAAGACAUUACAGUGCACGCCUUCGGCUGCUGGUGCAAUACCUGAGAGCCCGUCAAACACAACAAAACCUCAGUACACGGCUCCCUCGGGAUCUUUUAAUGGGACAUGUCCGAAUGUGUUUCGGAGACGGAGUGCGGCUUCCCAUCUGAGAUCGGUCUUUGCACUUAUCAGUAUCGCGUGGAUCACCACGAUUACGAUUUCGUAAUCUGCCAACUGAUUGGGAAGCUGGUCAUCUUUGUCAACGUUCAUAAGAGUAGACCAGACGUAUGGGGUAUGGGAUCCCAGACGGUUGGGGAGUAUAGUCCUGGACAUCUCAGUUAGUGUAUAUAGAAUGGAUCUUGGAUAAACAUGACGGAAGGAUACAAGCCAAUUCAAUAGAUUUAAAGAACGUGCAGCGACUAUAGUACUGUAUGUACGUGCAGCUCAUAAGGUGGCUUCCAGAGAAUGCGC